AUGGCCAUUCUGUUGGCGCUGAGGCAGGGGAAUCGCUUGAACCCAGGAGGCAGAGGUUGCAGUGAGCCGAGAUCGCGCCACUGCAGUCCAGCCUGGCUACAGAGGGAGACUCUGUCUCAAAAAAAAAAAAAAAAAAAAAAGUUCAAAGUUACUGUAAGUCUGUGCCCCUCCCUGCACAAGCACCCCCACCGCGGCUCUCACCGGGCACCCCCUUUCUCCCUGCUUCUCACUUCUUCGCCAAACUCCAGGUCUUUCUCCCCUCGCUGCCCCUCUCCCGAGUUCUUCCCCUUCCGGACUCCCGGUCUUUCUCCCCGCGCGGCCCCUCUCCCGAGUUCUCCUCCCUCCGGACUCCGGGUCUUUCUCCCCGCGCGGCCCCUCCCCCGAGUUCUCCUCCCUCCGGACUCCGGGUCUUUCUCCCCGCGCGGCCCCUCCCCCGAGUUCUCCCUCCCUCCGGACUCCGGGUCUUUCUCCCCGCGCGGCCCCUCCCCCGAGUUCUCCCUCCCUCCGGACUCCGGGUCUUUCUCCCCGCGCGGCCCCGCUCCCGAGUUCUCCCUCCCUCCGGACUCCGGGUCUUUCUCCCCGCGCGGCCCCUCCCCCGAGUUCUCCUCCCUCCGGACUCCGGGUCUUUCUCCCCGCGCGGCCCCUCCCCCGAGUUCUCCUCCCUCCGGACUCCGGGUCUUUCUCCCCGCGCGGCCCCUCCCCCGAGUUCUCCUCCCUCCGGACUCCGGGUCUUUCUCCCCGCGCGGCCCCUCCCCCGAGUUCUCCUUCCUCCGGAUUCCGGGUCUUUCUCCCCGCGCGGCCCCUCCCCCGAGUUCUCCCUCCCUCCGGACUCCGGGUCUUUCUCCCCGCGCGGCCCCUCCCCCGAGUUCUCCCUCCCUCCGGACUCCGGGUCUUUCUCCCCGCGCGGCCCCUCUCCCGAGUUCUCCUCCCUCCGGAUUCCGGGUCUUUCUCCCCGCGCGGCCCCUCUCCCGAGGUCUCCCUCCCUCCGGACUCCGGGUCUUUCUCCCCGCGCGGCCCCUCUCCCGAGGUCUCCCUCCCUCCGGACUCCGGGUCUUUCUCCCCGCGCGGCCCCUCCCCCGAGUUCUCCUCCCUCCGGACUCCGGGUCUUUCUCCCCGCGCGGCCCCUCCCCCGAGUUCUCCUCCCUCCGGACUCCGGGUCUUUCUCCCCGCGCGGCCCCUCCCCCGAGUUCUCCUCCCUCCGGACUCCGGGUCUUUCUCCCCGCGCGGCCCCUCCCCCGAGUUCUCCCUCCCUCCGGACUCCGGGUCCUUCUCCCCGCGCGGCUCCGCUCCCGAGUUCUCCUCCCUCCGGACUCCGGGUCUUUCUCCCCGCGCGGCUCCUCCCCCGAGUUCUCCUCCCUCCGGACUCCGGGUCUUUCUCCCCGCGCGGCCCCUCCCCCGAGUUCUCCCUCCCUCCGGACUCCGGGUCUUUCUCCCCGCGCGGCCCCUCCCCCGAGUUCUCCUCCCUCCGGACUCCGGGUCUUUCUCCCCGCGCGGCCCCUCCCCCGAGUUCUCCUCCCUCCGGACUCCGGGUCUUUCUCCCCGCGCGGCCCCUCCCCCGAGUUCUUCUCUCUCCGGACUCCGGGUCUUUCUCCCCGCGCGGCUCCUCUCCCGAGUUCUUCUCUCUCCGGACUCCCGGGUCUUUUUGCCCCUCGCACUGUCCCUCUCACGUGAUGCUUGCAGGCCGCCUCGCUCCAUCCCACCCGGGAGCAAGGAUCUCUUUUGCUCUGUGCACGGAAUCCACUUAUCUUCUCAGUGGCUCUUGUGGGGCCUUUAAUGGGCUGUGCUCAGUCACUGCACCCUGUCGGAGACAUGAAUCUGUCCUCGGCUGAGAUGAAUCUGUGGUUUAGCCAUCCACUGAGAUGUGAGCAUCUGCCUGGAGUGUAACAGCAGCAAACUGCGGGGGCUGAAGCGGAAGUGGAUCCGCUGCUCAGCCCAGGCGACGGUCUUGCAUCUAAAGAAGUUCAUCGCCAAAAAACUCAACCUUUCGUCCUUUAACGAG